GUUAAUAAAUAUUUGCGUUUCGGCUAUUACUUUUGACACUCGAAAGCAAUUACAUUCCUUCGAAAUUGUAAGAACUUCUUGUUUUUACCCCUAUAUAAUGUGACAGGACAUGACAAAAUUGUUUUGCAUUCUUGUAGUUAUUUUUAUUUAUGCGUAAGUUUUUUUACGUUUAUUUAUAAUUGUUGCGCACUUAUAAAAGGUGGUUAUUUUAUUUGCGAAUUAGCAGUUGAUAAAAUGGUGUUUGUUGUGUUGUGUUUUGCUGCCGUGGUGGCUAAUUGUGUGGAUUCGGCACCAACCAGUGAAUAUCAAACUACACCUUACCUACUUGGGGAACUAAUUAUGAUAAUAUCUAAAAUAAUUAGUUCGUGUAACGAAACCGAUUUCCAAAACAUACCGAUUAGCUUACAACCAAAAAAUUCCGAAGAUGGAAAAAAUAUAUCGGAAAAUACAAGUAGUAACUCUGAUUUAGAAGAAAGUACUACCAACAAUUCUUCUGGUGAACAUGACGAUGUAAAAACGAGUACAACUUCAUCAAAUAAUUAUUGUGGCUCAGUAGCAGAUGGUAGUACGUCACCCAGUCCUGAGGAAGGUGGAAAUUUAUCCACAUUAGAAAGUAAGAACGAAGAAUCGCCUUAUACUCCAGAAAAAGAUCAAGGUAAUGUAAUAGAUAAUGUAAUCCAUCGUAUAAAUAAGCGAGACAAAUGGGAAAAGGGUAAACCCAAAAUAAUUGAUUUAGAUGAAUCAGUUCAUUCUUUGGCUACUGAUGAGUCUUCUGAAAACGAUUCAACAAACAAUUCCUCCGAUGAUGAUGGAUCAGAAAGUAACUCUAUACCAUCCUCAAGGGAGGACUCCGAUAAUGAGAGUUCUGAAAUUGACCCGUAUAAUUCUUCGGAAGGUGAUAUUUCAGAGCACAAAUCACCGUCUCGUUCAUUACAACAAGAAUGUCUUCCUUCCUCGACAUCUUCAUCAUUGUCCACAGAACCAGUUACCACACCAAUCGACGAUUGCAAUUCAUCGAAGGAAGUUACAACAACUAGUUCCCCCGAUCUGACACAAUCGAUACCUGAAUCUACAACAAUUAAUGAAUGUUCCUCAACUAAUCCUGUCACACCCAGUAAUUCGCAGGAAGAAGUAGUAAUUACUGAAACUUCAACUGUUUCACCUUCAGAUGGUACAUCAGUUACACCCGGAAUUUGUACUUCUGUAAUGGAAGCGAAUGAUGAACCUUAUUUGUCACAUUUUCAAAUACCAUUGAGAUAUAUUAACAAAGAAGACGGUUCAGUUGAUAAUGAGUAUUAUUUAGACGUUUUUCUGAAACGUGAAAAUAGGUAACACAUCAACAUCACAAAAUUGAUAUGCACAAGAGAGCUAUGUAUUAAUUUUUUAAAAUACCCAUGUAUUUUAUCUACUUUAUCUAAGCUGACUGAUAUUAUUAGACAUAAUGUUUAGUAUUUUGUUGUACGUUUUGUAAUAUUUUAAAUAAAGAAUAUUGACAGGGGACGAAUGGUAUUUCUGAUUAGUUAGUAAACUAUAUUAGAAAAGAUGUUAGUAGAAUCUGAAUAUUCUAUUAUUACAAAAAAUAAUCAAAGCUACUUCGGGGCUGAAGAGAUUUAUUAGAGUAAAACCAACAGCAACGAGAUUUUUUCAAGCUUGUAUUAUAUGUAUAGUGGUGACUAUAACAACAUUGCAGAGGAGUCAAAUUAACAUGAACUUACUAAGUUUUUUAGGUUAAUAAACCGUCGAGGUGAAUCCCCUAAAAGUUAUUACAAAACACAUAAAUGUAUAGAAAAAUAAUAAAUAUUGUAAAUAGUUAAAAACUUGUAAAGAUAAGAUAAUAAAUAAGUAGAUACAAUGGGACAGAACAGGACAUAAUUACC